AAGUACGCGAGAAGGCGGAGGUCGGAUGGAGUGAAUGGCUGCUAAAGGGAGGAGCCGCACACAAACUCAGGAGUCCUGUUACUGAACUCUGGAGAUUUUGGAAAUGUAAGGAACAGCUCAAGUCAUUUUCUCUUUGCAGGUUUCUUCGCACAUCUAAAGGACGCACAGCUCGUUUGCCUCACCGCGCAGGGUCACGCUCUCAGGAUCGAAGCAUGGAUGAUGAUUUCGAGCGGCGCAGGGAGCUCAGGAGACAGAAGCGGGAGGAGAUGCGUCUGGAAGCCGAGAGAAUGGCGUAUCGCCAGAAUGAGGAGGAUGAGGAGGAGGCCGCUCGUGAGCGCAGACGAAGAGCGCGGCAGGAGAGACUGCGUGGUAAGGACAGCGAGGAUGUGGCCUACCAACCCGAGACCCCGGAGCUCAACAACAGCCACAGUGUUACGGUGACAGAGAGUGUAUCCACCUCAGUGGUGUCCUCCAGCGGGACGGGAGAGGGGGAUGAUGAGGAACAGGCCCUGCUGGAGCGCCUGGCCAAGAGAGAGGAGCGCAGGCAGAGGAGGAUGAAGGAGGCGCUGGAAAGACAGGAGGAGCUAGAGAGCAGCCAAACCUCACACCACAGCCUGGAGGAGAGCAGCGGCGGCCUGCGCCACGGCCGGAGCUACGAGCCUAAAGAGGAGGUGAAACAGGUGGAGGAGGAGGAGGAGGUCAUCCCUAGAGAGGAGGUGGUGGUGGAGGAAAAGCCACGGAGGUCUUAUUUUAGAGAACAGGAAUCCGCUGAGGAAAUAUCUAAAAUACCCGAGGAGGACAAUAAUGAGCGAGAUGCUGUGCCUUCUUCUGAACUACAUGAGGUGGUUAUAAAUGAAGACGUAGAUGAUUCUGCAUUUGUUUUGGAGAUGGAAAAUGGCACCGCAGAGCUCGCUGCAGGUGUACGGGAGGAAAAGAGUGAGCUAGAGGGAUUGACAGAGAAUGGAGUGGAUGAAAUGAGAGAGGCAGAAAACUUUGAGAAAUAUGAGGUUUCAGAAAAUGACGAGUCUUUGAUGGAAGAUGAGGAUGUGAUGAGGAAGAAUAAACAGCCCAAUGGAGGAGUGUGCGAGGACAGCACUCCCAAACACAAGAAAGCUGAGAGGACUUUCAGCCGAGGCAGCUUGCGCUCUCCUGAGGCGCCGGAGGCAGACGAUGCAGACGGCGAGGAUGCUCGCUUGGAGGCUGAGAGAAAGCUGGAGGAACUGAAGAGGAGAAGAGAUGAGAUGGAGAGCGAGGAGUUCGAGAGGAUGAGGCAGAAACAGCAGGAGGCCGAGGUGGAGCUGGAGGAGCUGAAGAGGAAGAGGGAGGAGAGGAGGAAGGUGCUGGAAGAGGAGGAGCGGCAGAGGAAGCAUGAGGAGGCCGAGAGGAAAGCCAGAGAGGAGGAGGAAAAGAGGAGGAUGAAGGAGGAGAUCGAGAAGAGAAGAGCAGAGGCGGCCAAGAAGAGGCAAAAAGUGGAGGAUUCAGAGGAAGGAGAGGCCAGGAAUCCCUUUAAGUGUGUCAGUCCCAGAGGAUCCUCCCUGAAGAUCGGUGAGAGGGCAGAAUUUCUCAACAGAUCAGCACAGAAGAGUUCUGUAAAGGCGUCUCACAGUCCUGUGGUGUCUAAGAUUGAUAACCGAUUAGAGCAGUACACCAGCGCAGUGCAGAGCCACAAAGAGGUCAGAUCUCCCAGAUCAGCUGCCAUAGAUCUUCCCAUGGUGACGGACGGUAUUCGCAACAUCAAGAGCAUGUGGGAGAAGGGGAAUGUCUUCAGCUCUGGUGGGAGCCCAGCGUCCACCAACAAGGAUGCAGCUGGGAUAAAGGUGGGUGUGGCCGGCCGCAUCAACGAUUGGUUGAAUAAAACUCCAGAGACGGGCAAGACAUCAGGAGGAAGACCCGCGGACCUGAAACCGGGUGACGUGACCAGCAAACGCAAUCUAUGGGAAAACAAGGGGUCCUCUGCUACCAAGGUCACAAGCAGAGGAGAGACCAAAUCUGUCACCAAUGGAAUGGGCCAUUAACCUUUCAAAGACGCCAGAGAGGCAGGGACCAAGAGAAUGCACAACAUUCCUUUUUUUAAACUUUUAGUAAUACCAAAAAAAAAAAAAAAAAGCAUUUUAUACUGCCAGGAAGAUCUAUGCGAGUAGACACAGUAUAAAAGCGAGAAAAAUACAAAAAAUAUAUAUGUAUUUUAUCACUGUAUUCACAGGUCAUCGUCUUGCACCAUCAUAACAUAAACGCAAUGCCUUUGCAUGUAACUUCUGUUAAACUGAAAUCAAGGCUGUGAAAACAAGCGACCAACUAAUUUGUUUAGAUUAUAUCAUAAUUAUAUAAUAGCAGCCAACUCAAAACAUUAGGAGAUCCCUUGAAAAAGAGGAUGAGGAGUAGCAUUCAGAAUUGUCUUUUGUCAAAUCACAUUUUUGAAAACAUGUUAGUUACCCUUCUCAUCUGUUAAUUUAUAGCUAAAGCAAAGCUUCACCUUGCAUUUCAUUCCUGUUAGCCAGUUCCAGACCGAAUAUGAGCACCCGUAUCUGUAUUUUGUACCUUUUGUCGUAACGAGUUUUUUUUUUUAAUUGUCUUAAUAAUAUAUGUUAGCACAUAGUGUACGCUUUUGUAAUUAACUAUAUAUUUUACUGCUUGAUACAAAAAUGGUCUUUGCUUUUGCUCUCAAUAUUAUUUUAUAUCAAAGCAAGUUUUAAUUCAGCAGAAGUCCAUUAAGUCAUACCGUUAGCAUUAUUACAUUAUCUUUGGCCUUUUUACUUCUGGAAACACUGGUCUGAAGUUGUCUGUGACCAACUUUUUGUAAGUGUUAAUCAUGUGGAAUAAUUGGUUGGGUAAUUGGU